UGCUGGGAGUCGUAUGUUGGUCAGGAUGUGUACCGGCUGGUCAUAGUGGACUUCAUCUUCUGUCUGCUGGGAUCCUUCUGUGGAGAAUACCUCUACAAUGUGAUUGCCACCAGGUGUGUUGUGAAGCCGGCAGAGUUUGACGUGGCCAGGAACGUUCUAGAUCUGAUCAACGCUCAGACCCUGGCCUGGAUAGGGGUGUACUUCUCUCCUCUCCUCCCUGUCGUUCAGCUCAUCAAACUCUUCCUAAUCUUCCACCUAAAGAAGACCAGUAUAAGGAGCUGCCAUCCUCCCAGCUCCUGGAGUAGGGUGGGUCAGAUGCAGACCCUCUUCAUCUCCCUCCUCUUCCUCCCCUGUUACCUGGGGACUCUGGCCCUGCUGGCAUACACACUCUGGAGUCUCCCUCCCUCUAGUGUGUGUGGUCCGUUCCAGGGCCAGGGCUGGGUGAUGCAGACUGUAGACCAGUGGAUAGACACACACUAA